AAAUGAUUAUGUAUGUUUUUAAUCUGUGAUGUUCAGCGUAGACAUAGUCAUAGUUAGUUCAGAGACGUAUUUACGUCAGAUUCUCCGGAACCGAGGUUCCACUGUCAACUUUUUGUGUCGCUGGCCGAUUCGAAACAUGAAUAGUGAUUUAAAAAUUGAAGGAAUCCGUAUACAGAUUAGAGAAAAAUUAAACGAAGACAACGUAAAACUCUGGUUACCUCCAUAUUGUGCUGAGGAUGGUGGAACGUGUGAAGAGGAAAUGCAGACCCUAAUGAAGAACUACUGUUCAUCAUUGGGAAUUGCAGCAGACUGCUGUUUGGCAGUACUACGGGAAUUACAGCAGCAUUCUUUGGAUCGUCUCCAUGAGCGGGAUUAUUUCAAGGAAACAGGCUUGGCAACUAUCAGAAUUAGGGUUCCUGAUAAGAGUCACAAUAGGAGAAUAAUUUCACUUAAAACAAAGCUGUCUGCCAUGGUUCAAGAAGUGCAGCAAACAGUUGCUUCACAAAUAGGAGUGGAAUUUGACAGGAUAAAACUGAUUUGGAGUGGCAAAGUUCUGAUGAUGAAUACUGAGCUAGCUACACAUGGUAUCCAGAAUGGAACGCAAAUAAUGGCUGUGGUACUUCACAGUAACCCAAAAGAAAUUAAGGCAGUGGAAUCCAGGCACAGAGAAAUGGAGGCUACACUGGCUGCUGCCAAGUUAUUGGCAGGCAGAAGUAAUGAUAAUAGUGAUUAUUAUUUGCAGGUUACAGACCAAUCAGGCAAGACUCUGAAUCUUCCUCCAGAGGAACGGCAAGCGUUGGUAAUUGCCAUGUCGCUGCAUGAAAAAGGAAAAGUGGCCUUAAAAAAGGAAGACUACGCCUUGGCCCUUGUUCUUCUGCUUGAAGCUGACAAAGAAUUUAGCCACUGCCAGUCUCAGCUGUUGCAGUCAGUGGAUAAUUACGCUGUGUUAAACCUGGAUAUUGCAUGGUGUUACUUGUGUUUGCGGAGUGUGACGCACAUCCCUGAUGCAGAGCAGAGGUUACGUAAAUGUGAACAGAACUUCCACCAGAGUUAUGGACCCAACUUGGAGAGACUUUUAGCAUUGAAAGGAACUACAGGUAAUGAGGCUGCACUGUUCAUGAGACUCCACCUUCUGCAAGCUAUUGUUCUGUUCCACCAGAACAAACGGCAGGAAGCAUCCAAGUUACUAGCGAGAGCUGACUCCGAGCUGUCUUCUCUCAAGGUGGAUGACCACAGUCUCAGCACUCUUAUAGAACUGGGUUACACAGCAGCAGAGGCUCGUUUUGGUCUUCGAGCUGCACACGGUGAUUUAUCGACAGCCGAGGUUUACAUCGCUAAACAGCGAGCAGACAGGGCUGAAUCAAAGAACAAGGAAAAAGCUGAGAGACAGCUUAACAGGGAACGCAGACAGUUGGGUCGAUGCAUAGAUGGAGUACAGUGGGUGGAACCGAAGCUUCAUAGGUCACUGAUAUCCAUGGGCUAUUCAAGUGAGGUAGCACGUGUGGCUCUUCAAGAGAGCAAUAACAACGUGUCACUUAGUAUUCAGCUGAUCCAGGAUCAGCCAAACCUCCUGAAUGUUGCAUCGACAUCAAAGUUCCGAGUUGAAAGGGAUAUAUUGCAACAGGUUGUGGCGGUAGGAUUUGAUCCACGUAUGGCAAAAAUAGCUUUGCAGCAUCACUGUGGUGAUGUGCAGAAAGCAGUGGAAGAAUUGGUAACGCGUGGUGGUAUUAUUGACGGUGAACACUGCAGUGAUGAUUCAGACGAUUUAGAGGAUCAUGCGCAUGCUGAUGUGAAGGAAAAGACAGGUGCAGGCAUGCAACCUGAUACAAAGCAAGAAGACCGAGAGAAGGAACGCCUGGCAUAUGAGCGUUUGGCUGAGGGCAUGCCGACCGAAGAAGAUGAUCAUUUGGAUUUAACUCUAGAACUUGAAGAAACAUUUUUAAGGGAGUAUCAGACACUUUUAAUAAACCCUUGAAUCACACAUUGCUAAGUAAAUAGUCACAGAUACAGUAACUCUGAAAUACAGCUUAGAAACUAGAGGCCAAAUCUGAGUGAAAUCGCUACCUCCUGAUUGUAGUCAAGACAUGUCUGUGUAAUUACAGUGUUUCAGAAUGCCAAGCAGUUGAUUGCAGUCCAGAUCUAACACAGGAAUGUAACCAGAAUAUUCUAUUUUAAUAAUAUCAUUGAUAGCGUAUCUAAUAUUAAUUUUGUAUGUUGUAUGCCUUCUAACAAAGUCGGAGUAGACAUUGUCUUUCUUAGAAAUAAAAUUAUUUUUUUCUGGUUGUUUA